UUAAACUUGCUACAGUUUACAUAUACAACAUCCCUAGCAUAGAACACAAUGGGCAGACUCUGGGAUCUGUGGGAUUUGCUGAAGCUUUCUUGGAGUCAACUAUCCCAGUUGUAAAUAAAGCUGGUUCAUUGUUGGAUAGUCAGGUCCUUUUCCUAACUAGUCAUAUUCCUAGACAACACACAUGGCAGUACACUGGCCAGCUGACCCCAGAUAUAAUCAGUAUGAUAGGAGGAGGUGACAAUGGCAGCCUUGGGCGUACACUGGUUCCUGGAGACAUGGCACAGGUGUUUGCAAGCAAUGGGGUUUCCAGUCCUGAGGAAGGACAUUUACACAUCUUUGAACAAGGAAUAGUUUUUAUACAUAAUCAGCUGGGUGCAGUUGUGCUUCCCAAAGACAAAGUCAUCAGCCUGGAGUUCUUUGAUGGGGACUCUCCCAGUGUUGUAGCUCUGCUGAUAGUCAUGUACAAACCCAGUCUCAGCCCAUUCUUACCAGCUCAUCUACAGGGCAAAAACCAGCAGCUAGUGUUUGUACUCACUCCCAAAACCAAGGCCUACAAAGCCUUUUUUGCAGAGGUGUUACCGUUGUGGAGACAGGAAGACCAGGUGCCUCCUAUGAAGCUACUGGCAGGAGACGCACAGCUUCCAGAAGAUCUAGCACAAAUGCAUAACCAUCUCCAGCUGAAGUAUACAGUUGAGAGUUCUCAUGGUACUGUGACUCCAUUAAAACAUGCCAUGGCUAGCUUGCAGGAUUUAGACAGAUUCCUGGAUCAUUUGAAAGUGAGCAGUGUUGGCAGAGUUCCAGUGGCUUCCAAAGAUCUCAGUAUUUUGCUCAAUCAGCCUUAUGAUGCAGGCGGUUUUGAUGAUGAUGACCAAUUGACUGUGACAAUCAUAACAGGCAUUCCAGGCAGCUAUAAAAGAAACCUAUGCACUACUCUGGUGAACAUGGCCAAAGAUGGUCAAAAGUGGUUUGUUUUGCGUAGACCUGUAGACAACAUAGACACUUUUGAUCCCAAAGGGCUACAGGUGUCAUUGUCACAACUCAUCAAAGCAUCCAAGAGAAAGAAGCAGAGCAAAAAAUUACAUAUACUACUUGUGACUCCAGGGUUCACUGAUAUUGUGGAUGUAAUAACAGCCAUUGGUUCCUCUGAAGAUCCUGACAUACAGAGACAUCUGAAGAUAGGUGCAGUAACAGCAUGUGUGGACCCAAUGAACAUGUAUAUGGAAGACAGAUACACAUUCCCCAAGCUGUUGGACCAGUGUGCUGAGGGCUGGGUUAAUAAUGUUCUCUUCACCAGUAAUUUGGACCUCAAGAAUCCCUUCCUGGAGGAAGCCCAGAAGCUGAUUAGAGCAGCUAAUCCAGAGGUUGGCUUCAUUCUUGCUGACAAGGGAGAGGUCACCAGGAGCACUGACCUUGACCUGAUUUUGUCCGAGACUGCCUUUAUGGAAAAUGCAACAAAAAGAGCCAGACAUCUCUCUUGUCCAGGCUGGUCCUGUGGUCAGUUCAGUUCGGGUGCUGUAGUUCCUCCACUGACAGAUCUGAGACUGCGCUUUACCCAGCCUCUGGAGAGACCAAAGUUUUUAGGGAGGCUGAAAGAACUCAAAAAGCAUUUCAAUAAGACUUCAAAAGCAGGCAAUGUGUAUUUUGUGAGAGGACUUCUACGUUUCUCAGAUUCUGCAACACUCCUGGAUGUAGAAUACGUGACACUGAGUGGAGUUCUUGUCAUCAACAAUGCAGAGAUGCAAACACCGCCACCCUCAGCCAAUGGUCCAGCUGGUAGUGAGAAUGGACAUGAGUACUGUCUGGUCUUUACUGGUCUGGACCUGGAGGAAGAGAAACUGAAGGACUGGAUGAGAACUUGUGCCAAACAGAAACCAGCCAAGAAGUCCCAUGUCUCACAGGCUACUUUGACCAAAAAUGAAGUGGCAAAAAUCCAUAAGGAGCAUCAUCUUGAGGCCCUGCCUCCAGGCUGGUUCUACAAUGGUUCCCACUUUGUAAGUCUGGCUGGAGACAAGUCAGAUACUCAUCCCAACAUGGAUGAAUUCAUUGCAAAUUAUAUUAAACAGACCAAUGAAGAGAUUGACAAGUACAAUGCUAAAAUUGAUGCCAUGAAUAUCAAAGAUUUAUUUCCCUGAGAAGAGAAAAGGAGGUAUUGAAACAAGCAAGGGGGAAAAUAAUGAAGAUUGUCAAAGAUUUGACUGAAACUGGUUUCUUUACAAAGUAACUGAUGAUGCCAGGGAUGAAUUAUUUUGCAUACAACACUCUGUUUCUUUAAUUGUUGGUGUAAUGUUGAAAGUGUUCCAUGUUUUUAGGGAAAAGAGACUCCUGUGUUUUUUGACAUGUUGGGAAGUUGGCAGUUAUACUGUGUUGUUUCACAUAUUUGUAUCUUAUGAUUACAAAUGUAUGUAUGGUAAUAUGUUCAUUUUGCUGGUCUUGAACAGCACUCAUGAAGGAUGCCCCCCCCCCCCCAAAAAAAAAAAAAAAAUACAGGCAAAAAAAGAGGGAAAGAAAUAUAUAAACAAAUAAAUUGACCAUGAUAUUGGCAGUGUAAGACAGAAUUGGAUGAUUUGAUUUGAUUUUAAACUUCCUCUGAGUGAAUUUAAGAUCUGUUUUCUAUGUUUCUGCAUCGUUUCUAGUUGCACUUUUGUACUAGUUACGACUUUUAUGUUCUAAGACAAAAGGUAUGAUUCUGUUCAUAUGCAUUAGUUUGGCAGUAUUUAAAAUAUUGUAAUGUUCUGAUAUCUGUAAAAUUAUGAGUUAUCCUAAACAUAAGGGACAGAGUCUUACUUUCCUCCCAGCUUCAUACUAAGUCUUGUUAAGUAUUAGCAUUUAAUAAGGUUUGCCUUAAGUGCAUAGUCCUCUCAUUACUGUGAUACUGUAGUUUGAUCCGUUUUAAUAGGCAUUUCUACAUGUAAAUGUUAUUUUUCUAAGAUUGUUUUUACUGUAGCAUUGAGUUAGGAAUUUAACAUUAUAUUAAUUUAUGGUGAGAUGACUUUGCAGUGGUACAAUACAUAUUCUGCUUUGUCCUGGCAGAGAGUGAAGGUUGACGUGUUAGUUUUGCAUCCUUUGCCAAACUCAAGACAAGGUUUAUUUUGUGACAAAAACAGAGAUAUUUUGGUACUGUAACUAUCUAGAAGCAAAUGUUGGGUUCUUGGGUGGUUAUCCUAAAGUCUACAUGAUGCUUAUUCAAUCAAAUUUAUCAUGAGUGUGGUUAAAUGCCCUGUUCUUGUUACAAUGUUUGAAUAGUUAAUACAAAAAUUGCAAAGAGUAAUGUUACUGCUUCUAUAUUUUAACUGGUUCACAUUAAGCAAAACAAUGUAUCAAUAAUUUUGUCACAGUUGGAAUUAUAGAUUUUAAAUGUUUUAGUAUUAGGUGAUUUGAGAUUCAUGCAGUUGGUGAUUAAAUAAAGCAUAAUAUCAGA